AUGCUUGUGACUGAGACCGCGAACUUUGCUGGAAACUGCCCAUGGGUUUUUGUGUUCGGCCGCUACUUGCGGCGACCCUCUGCGAGAGCUCCCGAUCCACCGAAGCUCGAAGAUCAGCCUUCUUUGGCUUUCGGCCGCCGCUUGCGACGACCCUCUGAGAGGGCUCCUGAUCCGCCGAAGCUCGACAAGCAGAAGAGGAAAAGAGCUCUCCCACGCGAGGUGCGCGACCCGACUGAGCCAGAAGCUCCGGAGAGUGAGGGGAAGAAGCAGAAGAAGGGUCGUGGAGAGUGUGAGAUCAAGGUGGAUCAGGAGUCGCCUGAGACCACCCCGCAGCUUCAUGCACAAGGUCACAAAGCCCCAGCAAAAGAGAGCCAAGGUGAGGACCAGAACGUUCAGCGCGAGAUGAACGCUCGUCUUCGAGAGCGUUUGCAGCUUGCACACGAGGCUUGGCGUGAGCGCAGCGCGCAGUGCGAGCGCCGCGCUUGGCGGGAGCGCGACGAACAGCGUCAGUGCGAAGCCAGGCGUGAGCACGAGGCACAGCAUAGGCGGCGCUCACUCUUACGGGACGACGAGUUCAGGGGUCGCUUCAGUGCUUUUGGAGGUUCACCCCUGCCAGGGAGAAGAUGA